CGCUUGACGACUGCCAUAGGAUAGGACGACCACCAUUAUCCCGUGCAGUAGUUUUGUCGUUCAGAUACGAUCCUGACUCAUUGUUGUUGUUUUUUUUGAAUUGGACUUAGCCUUUUAACUACACUCAGUUAUAUCUUAUUUUGUACGCGCAAACGAGACGGUUUGGAGCACAGAAGUACAUACUGAGCCACCGCUUUUUGAGUAUUAACACACGUCGACGUCGUCGCCAUUUUGAAUGUGGCGAAGUGGAGAGGAUCGGCGAUAAGAUGCCUCAUUCGUGUUCUUCCUUGACUUGUACCAACCGUUUCACAGUCGAAACCAGAGCUCGUGGGAUUUCAUUUCACAGGUUUCCCAAAGACAGAGUGCUGAGAAAAAAAUGGGAAAAAGCUGUCAGAAGAGGAGGAUUUGCUUCCAAUUCGUCAACCAUGCUCUGCAGUGAGCACUUCAGACCGGAAGACUUUGACAGAACAGGUCAGACAGUCAGGCUCAGAGAAGGAACUGUUCCUGUCUGCUGUUUCAAACCUCCUGAUAAUAAGGCUCCCAGGAUGUCUCAGACCUCACAGAAGGCACGGGAGCCCCUCCCAACAGAUACUUCCAAGCUUGUCAAAGAGACCACCACCCAGCCUGAGCCCAAAUCCGUACCUGUGCCCGCUGUUGACCACGCUUACGCUUCAACACCGGAAGAGCUGAGGGUCAAACUCAGUGAAGCCCUAGCGAGGGUGGAGAGUCUGGAAAGAGACAAGAGGAACGCCAAGGACAGGGAGAGGAGGGCAAGGAACACCGUGAGUUGUCUUCUGGAGGAUCUCGAGGUGAAGAAAAUCCUGAAUGAUGAAUUGAAGGAGCGGCUCGACAUAUACUCAGAUCUUCCAGUUCACCUCCUCUCCAAACACAGCCACAAAUAUACCAAAGAGCAGAGGGAGUUUGCCGCGACUCUCCACUUUCACGGACCGAAGGCAUACGACUACCUGCGAGAGUCUCUGCAUAUUAAUCUGCCGCAUCCACAUACCUUGCAAAAAUGGGUGAGCUCUGGGGAGACGAAGCUUGACCUCAACACGACGAUGCUGGACACACCAAGACAAGAGGACGACACAGCUCAAUAUUUAGACUUUUCAGGUUGCAGAGCAGCCGUUCGGGUGAACAUGGAACUCUCCCGAGUCAACGAGCUUCCCUACGAGGAGUUUGUGAAGAUUUUCGGCAACGUGGUGGAGAGGUGUCCUAUCGUGGCGGCGGCCGUUUGCUCUCAGCGUCCCUUCGCCGACAUCGACGCUUUGGAAGCGGCCAUCUGCGACUUCAUCGACGCUCUGUCCGAAUCGGGCAAAGAGGGGAUCCUCAGGUGCCACCCGGAACUUGCUGGCCAGGACCUCCAGGCCCACACCUUGACCCACGAGUCCAAGAGCGAGCAGUCGAGCGUGGGCUUGGACUCACUGGGCGCAGAGGAAGCCGACACCUUGUCCUGCUUGAACGAAGAGUACAAGGAGCGCUUCGGCUUCCCGUUUGUUAUCUGUACCCGCUUGAGCGAGAAGGCCAGUAUUUUCCAGGAGAUACGCAACCGCAUCGCAAAUGGGUGCACGGAGGAGAGAGAGCGUGCCAUUGAGGAGGUCAAGAAAAUAUGUCGUCUACGUCUUCGGGACCUCGUGCACAGUGACGCCGCAGCUCAAUUUUAAAUUGCAUGUAUUUACGUAGCCUAAACUGGUGGUUAUAAUUGGGCUUUCAGAUGACAUUUGAGCGAGUUGUGCAAAAGGUAUAUGUGCAUUCUAAAGUCUGGAGAGUGUCAAAUUAUUUUUUUCCGUUAAUGUUCUCGUGCAUUUUAGGUUCAUUCUGAAAUUUUACCCAAUACUGUAUUCAUUAUUUUUUGAGAGGCAACAUUGACAUCCUAAUUAACAUAUUGUUCACAUUGACAUGAAAAAAACAUGGAAUCUAUGUCAUACUGAGGCCAAAUAAAUCUGAACUGACCUGCGGUGUUAACAUAGCCCAAGUGUGUAUUUGGUUAAAAGUAAAGUUUUCCAUGGUUUCUUUGUUUGUUUGAUGAGUAGUCAGAUACUCCAAAGUUCCAACUAUUUGUACACAAACAUUAAAAAGUAAUUUUUCCAUCA